GUACUCUUAUAAACAUGUAAUCGAAAAUACUAAUUUUAUAAGUAACUUAUACUAUUCAUGAAAUGAUAUUUGAAUUUCCUUUUUUUUUUUUUAACUAAACCAACACCCAACAGAGUUAAAAUGAUGAUGUAUUCAAACGAUGAGUUAGUACCGUCUCCGGCCAGUUUAUGUGAACCCACCACUCGAAACGAUGAGAAAAUACGGUUAUGGCGCAAAAACCUAACGAUCUCAUGAAGAUGACACCUUCGCUCCAUCCAGAAAACAGACAAUCUUUUCGCCAUCCUCCGCCGCGUCCACCGCCACCGCCACCGCCACCGCCACCUCCACCUCCACCACCAUCUUCCACUGCUAAUCCUUCAACAAACCCUAAAAAUUUAGCUCCAAUUCACUCCACAAAUUCCACUUCUUCAUCAUCAUCGGCGUUUGAUCAAUUGCCCAAAAGGGUCACGAGGGACUUGGCCAAUUUGUCAGAUUGUCACGGCUGCCGUCUCCGAAUCAACCACACUGAUCCCAGCGACCGCCUUCAAACCCUAGACAGCGUUUGGCGGAUAGUCCUUCUUUGCAAGAAGUGCAUCAGGAGUGUUAAUUCCGGCCAAACAUGCCCUUACUGUUUCAACAACACGGCUGUUUCUGAUUGUUUCAAAUGCAGCAGCUGCAAAAGGCGUGUCCACAAGGACUGUGUUAUCAGGUAUGGGAAUUCUGCACCUUGGUCUUAUUCUUCUAGGGAACAAGAAGAAGAAGAAGAAGAAGAAGAAGAAGAAGAAGAAGAAGAAGAAGAAGGGGUAAAGUCGGGAUUUUCGGUCUGUAUAGAUUGUUGGGUUCCAACAUUCUUUAGGAAAUCAAUUGGAGUUUGUAAAAAGCAUGUGUUAAAGACACAAAAUUAUACUAGUAGUUAUGUUAAAUCAUUUGAAGAAAUUACUAACUUUGAAGCCAAAAGGACAGUUGUACUGGCGCUGGAAGCGCAGUAUAAGACUUGGCGAAAGGCUGUCGUGGCAAAAAAUGCCGUGAACAUGGCUAAGAAUGCAUCGGAAUUAGUUGCUUCCAAGAAGAAUAAGGAUAAAGUGUUGCUGAAAAGCAGUAGUAUAAGGAGUGAUGAUACUAAUGAAACUGAGGUUGUAAAUGACGCAGAGUUGGCAUUUCAAUUGCAUCGCGCCAUGAACAGCUCGCCACGAACUUCAAGAACCUUAUGCCCUGCGAAUUCCAGCUAUGUGGAUACUCCAGAAAUGCUGGAAUCAAGUAAUGUGUCCCGUAAAUUGUUAGAGUUAGGCCAAACUCUCUCUAAUGAUCCAGGUGAGAGGCUUAAGGUGUACACUCGCACUAGGUUAAAGGGAAAAGUUGGCCAGACUAGUUCAGAGACCCAGCCUUGUGUUAUAGUGUACUCUCGCACUAGAUUAAAGGGGAAAGUUGGCCGGACUAUUUCAGAGACCCUGCCUUGUGUUAUGGUGUACUCUCGCACUAGGUUGAGGGAAAAAGUCGGCCAGACUACUUCAGAUGGCCCUCCUUGUGUUAUGGUGUACUCUCGCACUAGGUUGAGGGAAAAAGUCGGCCAGACUACUUCAGAUGGCCCUCCUUGUGUUAUGGUGUACUCUCGCACUAGGUUGAAGGAAAAAGUCGGCCAGACUAGUUCAGAGGCCCCACCUUGUGUUACAAUGAAGGAGCAUGGUUCUUGUGUUGAUUCUGAUUGUUCAAAAGCUGAGUUACUUACUUACAAGCGGAGCAGACUAAAGAGGAAGAUGUCCGAAGAAAUGGUUGGUUUAUCUGACCUUAUUAAAGCAGGGCACAAUCUUGGUGAUGACUGUAGAGAUUUUUGUGGUCUUCAAGUUUCUCAACGAGAAGGUUCACAGCAUAACCUGCAUUUGGUGGAUUCUAUCACCUUGUGCCCCUUGAGUUCUGAUGGAGAUAAUACUGUUGGUGAGAUUUGUGCAAAAAAUACAAUGCAGGCCGAAAGCUGCAAUGCGCAGGAGGACCGCUGUUUGUUAAAGUACAGCAAAAGGAAUAAAUGCUCUGAGCCUGUGUCAGAUGUGCAUGAAGAUACGUUUCCUUGUCCAACCCCUGAUCCCGGCAUACCUUCAAAUUGGUUCGUGGAAUCCAGGACAUCAUCAAAUGUCUGACAUUUGAGCUAGUACUUGCGUUAGUGGUUCUUUGCCAGAAGUAUGAAUUAUACAGGAAACUACACCUGUGAAUAACUACCCGACUAUCAGAUACUGUACUGUAAUGCAGAUGAAUUUUUUUUCAUAAAGAGUACAUUGCCUGGAAAGCUGCAAUCUGUGUUGUUGAAGUUAAAGAGGGUCAUGAAGUGAAUUUUGUAUGUGCUUGUGCUUAUCAGAAUGUAAGAGAAUAUGGAGUGAUAAUUCAGAAUGUAAAACAAAUAAGGUACUCGAAACAAAUUAAGAGGCAGAAAUAAAUGACUUUUUAAGUCAUGGUACUAAACAUGACAACAUCUAGCUAAACACUAGAGUAAAUAAAUUAUGGUCUUGCAGUUCUAAAGCAACUUAACUAGGACUGCUAACUCCGUCAUUUUGACGAUUCCUCCAAAUAGUUCAAUUUUUUGCUUGCAUCUUAA